AUGCGCCCGACACCUUUUCUCCGUAAUGCCAUUGGUCGUGGCGGGGUCGCCUCGGCCGCUCUCAAAGAGCGUGUACGACGUCCUGGCUAUCUCAAGAAGCUCGCGCAGCCGGAGGAUCUCGCACCGCUCUUCAAGAACGAUGACUACAUUGGCUGGUCCGGGUUCACAGGUGUCGGGUACCCAAAAGCAGUCCCCACAGCCAUCGCAGACCACGUAGAAGCCAACAACCUCCAAGCUGAUCCCGCGACGAAGAAAAAGUUCAACCUCUUCGUCGGUGCGUCUGUGGGCCCCGAAGUCGAGGACCGGUGGGCAAAGAUGGACAUGAUCGCACGCAGAUACCCGCAUCAGGUCGGGCGUGAAAUCGCGAAGGGCAUCAACGAAGGCCGAAUCGAAUUCGCCGACAAGCACUUGUCCAUGUUCCCCCAGGACCUGACGUACGGCUACUACAGUCUAAAAAAGAACCAUGGCGACCCAAGGAAGCCCCUGGAUUGGGCCAUCGUGGAGGCUACAGCCAUUACGGAGGAUGGCCAUAUCGUUCCUGGCGCCUCGGUUGGAGCAACCCCGGAGAUUGUGCAGUCGGCAGAGAAGAUCAUCAUCGAGGUCAAUACGCUGGUGCCGAGCCUAGAGGGCCUGCAUGACAUCAACCAUUCGUUCGUGCCACCUAACAGGCAGCCUUACGUCGUCACCCACCCCCAGGACCGCAUCGGACGGACGGCCAUCCCGAUCGACCCCGACCGUGUCGUCGCCAUCGUCGAGUCGAAACAUCCGGACAACACAGGGCAGAACGCGCCUGAGAACGAAGAGUCGCGCGCCAUCGCCGGGCACCUGAUCGAUUUCCUCUCGUCCGAGGUGGCCUCUGGACGGCUACCGCCCUCGCUCCUUCCUUUGCAAUCAGGCAUCGGAAACGUCGCCAACUCGAUCAUUGGGGGGCUCGCGGACGGGCCGUUCGAGCAGGUGCAGGUGUGGACGGAGGUGCUCCAGGAUACGUUCAUCCAGUUCUUCGACUCGGGCAAGCUGGCGUUCGCGACGGCGACGAGUAUCAAGUUCUCGCCGGAAGGGUUUGAGCACUUCUACAAGAACUGGGAUCGCUAUAAGGACAGGCUCCUUCUCCGCUCGCAGCAAGUCGCGAACUCGCCCGAGCUCAUCAGAAGAUUGGGUGUUAUCGCGAUGAACACGCCUCUGGAAGUCGACAUCUAUGCCCACGCUAACUCGACAAACGCCCUCGGAUCACGCAUGCUCAACGGCCUCGGCGGCUCCGCUGACUUCCUGAGAAACGCCAAGAUCUCGAUCAUGCACACUCCCUCUGUCCGACCAACGAAGAAAGACCCAACUGGUAUCAGCUGCAUCGUCCCCUUCGCCUCGCACAUCGACCAAACGGAGCACGACCUCGACAUCAUCGUUACCGAGCAGGGCCUUGCGGACCUGCGUGGCCUGAGCCCGCGCGAGCGCGCCCCGCUCAUCAUCGAGAAGUGCGCCCACCCAGACUACAAGGAUAGCCUGAAGGAGUACUACGACCGUGCACUGUUCGAGUGUUUGAGGAGCGGGUCGGGGCAUGAGCCGCAUAUGCUUAGGAAUGCAUUCAAGUUCCACAUUAACCUGAUGGAGAAGGGCACGAUGAAGAUCGACAAGUGGGAUUAA